GUAUAUCUAUUAAUCGGUAUUUUCUUAAGUAACUCUCUAUUUACCGGUAGGCAAAAAUAAUAAUGUUUUUGCCCGCUUUUUACAAAAGCGUCGAUUUUCCAUCAUUUAUUUAUAUUCUUAUAUCUCAUUUUAUUACAAGUAUAUUAUUGCUUUUAUCAUUCUUAGUAAAUAAUAAUUCUUUUAUAAUAAUUAUCCUUAUCGCUACUUAUUUUUUUUUUUUUUAGUUUUUAGUUAUUGCCGGUGUCGUGAACAGAUGUUUAUCUAUGUGACGGUUUACUAAUAUAUAAAUUUUUACCGGUCAAUACAUAAAUAAAUGAAUUAAUAUAAAAUUCGAAUUCAGAAUCGUUCGAAAUUUGAAUUUUACAAAAGAAUAAUUUUACUAAACCAUAGUGACAAUGCAGGAUCACGGAUCGAAAUCUCCUCUAUUCAACACCAAAUAAUGUGAUACGCAAUAACCAACGAUGCAUUCAAGUAUGCGCGACAUACUGCGAUGAAGGCGUUCGAAUGUCUAUACCAUGCAGAAUCGAUUUCGCUAUAUCACCACUUAUCACUAAGGCACUACACUUUUCAAAUUUUAAAUUCUAGCAGUUCCAGCGAGUUUAUUUUCACUAGUUCAACUAUAGAUGGCUCUGGCGGUACAAAAAAGUGUCUGCCUACGCUGCGAUAAGCGCGGUUCACGUCGUGCUCGUCAGCGGCUCCCUCCCCGUCGACCACACACACACACACACCCGCCUUGCCUUCCCCUCUCUCCGUCCUCCUCCCACCAACUAUCGCUAUUCGUAUAAUUUAUAGGAAAACGGGGAUCACAUAAUUUGAUCGUAGUUUUUUAUUACGGUUUUCAGUCCUCUCGGCAUCAAGACGCGCGCCAGUCGAAAUCCGCCAAGUAAUAAGUACGACAAGCCAACAACGCACCGAUCGACCCCUUCAAACCCAUCACCGAAAAUCAAUCCGUCGAGGGCGGCCGGAGGGGUGUGCGCGCGAGACAUAAUCCCGAAGCCUACAUCGCGUUAUAUACGCGUGUGUGCGUGUGUGUUGGUGACUAAGAGAGUGAGCGAGUGCUAUAGAGCUGAGGCGGCCCCGCGAGUAUAUAGGUAUAGGUAUACGCUUGGGAGAGCGAGAGGAAGAGAGAUGGAUGCGUCGUCGUCGGCGGCGGCGGCGGCGGCGGCAGCACAAACACGACAGUCCCCAAAUAUUAUGGCUGCAGCAGUGUUGCAGCCUGGCGGCCAGUAGUUCCGCCGCGACUGCACAUCCUGCAGCGUACAACAUUAGCGAUACGUAUACCUAUAUAGAAGCGCGGCGUACAAAGGUGUACGUGUAUACAAAAUUCAGUGCCGCGCGUCUCGGAGCUGAGAGCAUAAUCCGCGGCUAUAAGCUACUUUACAUACGAGGCGUAGAAAUGGAGAGAAGAGUCGAAAUGUGCCGUAAGUAGGUAGGCGAUCGACACACUCCCGUUGGCCGCGGGCUGGACGUGCGCGCGUGGAAUAUCAAUCGUGAACGUAAGAGCUGCACAGGAAGGAAGAGACUCCGCACGCUCAUAAGAAUCGAAGACUCGUGUCGUGAAUUGAGAGGAGUGCGCGCGUGUAACGCGAGUGAGUCCCUCUCUCACUAUCUUUCUCUCUCCCAUCAGUGACAGACGAAAAAAAACGGGCAGUAAGAUGUUGCGCUGGCGCUUGUUGCCAGCAGCGCUUGGAGGUUAUGUCCGUCGCGAGGAGGAGCUGCUGCAGGAAGAGGAGGAUCUGCUGGACCGUCGUCAGCCGGAGCUAAUCGAGCUCUAGGCUGCUGCGGACUCGCAACUCGGAACAAGAUAUCGGAAGGGAGGAGAGCUGCAGCGAGAUUGAUCUUGCGGGGAGGGCUGCAGUCUACGACAACCCGUACUCGGAAUAUUAUUUUACUUCCCCCCGCGCGCGCCCACAAGAGCCCGAAGGUGAUGCGAGACUACUGGCAGUACCACCGACAAGAGCAGCAGCAGCAGCAGCAGCAGCAGCAGCAGCAGAGGAGAAACGCCUGUCCGAGAUUGCCGGCUCAGAGGAUGUUCGGCUGGCUGUGCGGCUGAGGGUGCCAAUCGUCUCCCGAAGGCAGCCUGCCCAUGAAGAGGCUGCAGAGGAUGCCGGGAGCCGCGCUCGAGGCCAGGCCCCGGGCCUGUCGGCUCACCGACAUCGAGCAGCCCAGCCAGGCUAGCUUCGAAGCCGCCGCGUCGUCUGCUAGCGCCGCUAGCAAUUCACAGGAUGGCAGUCAGGAGGAGCACUCGCCCGGGAGCGGCAGUGCGAGGUUUCCCAAGCUCGACGAGUGCGCGCACUUUCACUACGAGCACGUGGAGCUCGGCAGUCUCGAGGUUAGCCUGGUGGCCUCGCCUCAGGCCCAGCUCAGAGACGGAGCUGCCCCGAGCGAGGACGGCAACAGCUUCUCCGUGAGAGUCACCUCCGGGGAUGCCUGCUGGACGCUGCAGAGGAGCUACGAGAAUCUCGUCAUGUUUGACAAGCAGCUGCACAGAUGCAUAUUCGACAGGAAGUUCUCCAUGCUGGCGAAUCUCGCCGAGCGCGAGCUGGAGCCCGAGGAUCUGGCUGCCUACUUCGCCCGCUUUUCCGCUUUGAGCCACGAGGGAUUGAACUGCGGGCCCGUCUUGAACUGGCUGCAGCUGGAUAACCGAGGCAGGCGCAUACUCGUGCCCGAGUCCGACUCCUGUCCCAUCAACACACCGGCCGUAGCGGCUGCCUACGCCAUAAGGCCCUACAGAGCUCAGGCACAGGACGAGCUGUCGUUCAACGUCAGCGACAUGAUCUCGGUAAUCGAUAUGCCUCCGGCAGGUGAGAGCAGCUGGUGGCGAGGUAAGCACGGCUUCGCCGUCGGAUUCUUUCCCGCCGAGUGCGUUGCCGUGAUCGGCGACAAGCUGCCGCGACACAUCGGCGUGCCGCCUCGGCCAGCUUCGACUGGAUCUGGAAGCGUCGUGUCCACCGCGGGAGCGUCAGCGGAGCCCAGGCCGCAGCCGGUGAAGCCGGUGCUGCGCAAGCACGGCAAGCUCAUCGCCUUCUUCAGAUCGUUCAUCCUGAACCGACCAUCUCGCCGUAGACUGAAGCAGUCGGGUAUCCUGAGAGAGCGAGUCUUCGGCUGCGACCUCGGUGAGCAUCUGCUGAACUCCGGCCAAGAGGUUCCUUGCGUCCUGCGUUGCUGCGCCGAGUUUAUCGAGAGACACGGCCUCGUCGACGGCAUCUACAGACUCAGCGGCGUCAGUUCGAACAUCCAGAGACUGAGGCACGCCUUCGACGAGGACAGACUCCCAGCUCUGCACGCGGACCAGGCUAUCCUUCAGGACAUACACUCGGUGGCGUCGCUGCUGAAGAUGUACUUCCGCGAGCUGCCUAACCCUCUGUGCACCUACCAGCUCUACUCGAGCUUCGUCGGAGCUGUUCAGUCGACUACCGACCAGGAGAGGCUCAGUCGUAUGCGCGACGCCGUUCGCAAGCUGCCGCCGCCUCACUACAGGACGCUGGAGUACCUGAUGCGGCAUCUGGUACGCGUGGCCUCGCGAGGCCAGCAGACGGGCAUGACGGCGCGCAACGUGGCGAUCGUUUGGGCGCCGAACCUGCUGCGCUGCAAGGAGCUCGAGGUGGGCGGAGUCGCGGCGCUGCAAGGCGUCGGUGUACAGGCUGUGGUUACCGAGUUUCUCAUCUGCUACGCCGAGUUGAUCUUCGCCACGGGUCCGUCCGAUUCACCAGGUGCAGCGGAACAGGCCGCCGCGCUCAGUCAUCAGCGACCCAAGUCACUGGCUAUAGCCGGAGGUUCAGCCCCGAGACUUCUCAGUCUCGAGGAGGCGCGCAGUCGAUCGUUGCUGGCUCCAGAGCAAGAGGCUGCUGUAGUUGCUGUGAAUGCUAGUAAUACCGAGGCGAAUGCAGCCUCGACGGGGCCACACUACCACACGGUCAUCGAAUUGCCCCAGAGGAAGCGAACUGGAUCAAAACGCUCACCCUCGCUCAAUUGGCGCGCUUUAUUCGGCGGUAGGCAGAGUACCAAGUCUCGAGCUUCCGAGGCUCCGAGAGCCCACAAGCAGCUGGUAUCGGCAACUAGUGCUGGUGUUACAAAUGGAUCUGGCUUGACCGCGAGCGGCGGUGGCGUGGUUGCGGUUACUGGCAGCCCUGGUCCAAUAACGAGCGGCACUUCCUCCCUUAGGCGGCUGCGGCCGGUCAAGAGCGCAGACAGCCUGGACGGCGUGGCGGUGGCUGUCGCCGAGGAUGGAUUGGGACCACUGAUGUUGUCGGGAGGUACGACACGGGGUUGCGGCCACAGCCGUUCCGUCUCUCACGAUUCUUACUUUGAGCAACUCGGUGAAGCGGCCAGCGCAGGAUCAGCCCUUGAUCUCUCAGAGAUUCAGCUAAGCUUCGAGUUGGAAGAACGCGAGAUGAGAAUGCUCUCGGCCGAGGAGAGUCCAAGCGCGCGACAGUCGCUUGAAGCCUCGCCAAGAAGACAGCGAGCUCCCGAGAUACAAUCCGAGUCUGCUAGUACAGCGUCUCCGUUGCCGUCUCUCGCCUCGAUUGGCGGUGGAGGCGGAGGAUCAAAGCGUAAGCGCUCCAGACUCGAGGAGCGACUGCACUGUGAUGUUGAGCUGCGAUUUAUCGACAGCCAGAGUCCCGAUCAGGUAAUGGUGUCCGCGGAACUUCACGAGAUGGAGACUCCCUCGCCUCUGCCUACGCCGGGAUACUUGCCUUUGCUGUCAGAGGGUUCGACUCCUUUGACUCCGACGGCAAGUCCCGCUGCGGUCAGUCCCCGUAUAAGCUUCAAGAGCUUCAUGCUGCCCUUGGAGGUGGACAGUCCCGAGGUGCCAGCGAGGAGUCUGACGGAGGACAAGGGCAGCCUUCUCAAUCUUCAGUCUUGUUUAACCAAAGCGUCGAGAGAGCCGGAUUCCUCCUCCUCCCUUGAUCUAGAUUGUAAUGCCGGAAGGCUUUCGAGUAACCAAACCAGCGCGAUGGAGGCCUGUGAAGAGCUCCUCGAGCCACAGACCCCACCGACUGACCUCACCUCCUCAUCCUCACCCUCUUCCUCAUCCUCCUCCUCCGGUCCCGCUACGGCUGCCGCGGUAGCUUCCCAGCAUGUGCCAUUCGUCUCCUCGACGUCGGAUAUUCUUGAUCAAGAGAUGACGCCUUGCGAAACCUUGCUUAAUUUCGUCGACACCACUAGUGAGAUGACUCAAGCCACUUAUCAUGGCAUUGAUUCUUCUCCCAGUUUGCCAGAUGUGCUGUGUCAGAACGGAGAGCAGCGUGAAAAGCAGCUAGAAAAUGCUUUCGACAAGAGCGAGGCCGUCAGAGAAAGAACGUCGUCACAGGAGUCGAAUGCACAAAAUAGCAAUAUGACUGAUUUAUCUGGCAUAGAUUCUUUAGAUUCUUUAAUGCCUUAUCAACGAAGCUAUCAAAAUACUCCGGAUUCGCAUUUCAGCCCCAUCGAUCCCAGAACUAAAAUCUCGAACGAUACGACAGCACAAAUGCCAAAUUAUAGAAAUAAUUUAGAGACUGCUGAAAAAUGGCUUAUGACUGAUAUACCAUCAGCGCCUACGAACGAAAAUCGCUUGCAACGAAUAUCAGACUCCAAACUGUCAGAACUUUUAGUAGAGGAAGAUUGCCAAGUUAGUGCAAAUUCUAAUAAGAGUAUUCAAGAAUCCAUGUGUUAUUCAGUAUCAGAUGAACUAUAUAAUAUUUCAAAUACUCAAUCUACUAAUUCAAAUUAUAAUCCGUCAUGUAAAGACGACAGUUCUAAUAUAGCGCGGACAAGGGAUUCCGAACUUGACCAAGUUGAUCUACAUAACUUAGUGUCUUUGGAAACAAAUUUACUUCCCCCGAAUCCCAUGAUGGAAACAAAUCAAAGCAGUGACAGUACCGUUUGUUCAAUGAAUACAAGUAUCAAAAAUGUUAAAAACUAUCAGAGUGAUCAAAUUGAAAGUCAAAUAUCUAACUGGAGCGUAUUAUUAGAUGAUAAAAAUCUACAUGAGAAUAAUCAAAAUGAAAAGGUCGAAUCCGCCGACAACUUGGAUCAGAACAAUAAAUUUUUCAACGAAGAAACAAACGAAGACGAGAAAACGAUUUCCUUGAUUCUCGACCGCCAAGAAAAGGUAGUUCAGAAAGAUACUUGUGAUGAAUCAAUAGAAUCUAAUAUGAACGGAACCAAGUUGAUAGAACAAGUUUCUAAUUGCGGUAAUAUUUGUUCUCCUCAUAAUGAUUAUUGUUCGAAAGUUGUUGCCCAGGAGCCCAACAAUUCUAGCGCUAUUCAAGAUUCUAGGAUACAGGACGACCUGGACGUAGUUGUUCCUUCCGAAAGUGCAGCUGUGGAGCCUCAAGAGAUGGCUCAUGUUCCAGAAAUGCUUUCUCAAGGCAUUACUUUGAAUUCUUCUUGCAAUUUUUCCCCUUCCAAUAGUACAAAUCUCGAACGAGAUUCGGUUCUGCAUAAGGACACUGCAGCUAUCUUGCAAGAGCUGGCGUUGCAGAGACUGUCGGGUGGUGAUAGAGUGGAAUCGAUUCCCACGAGAAGAAGAUACGACUCUGAUUUUACACGUGAUAGGCGGAGUUUUGAUUCGGAAAUCGGGAGAGAAAUAGUACGCGAACACAAGAUGAAGCAGGAACUUGAAAACGCGAGAGGGAAAUUUGACGAAUCUCUAGCUAGCAGCCAAAAUCAAAUAGUUACAGCGCAUCUACCCCCCUGUUUGCGAGCUCGUCAUGCGCGGGCGACGAGAGCAGCGCUAAGUCGCUCGCUGGACGAGGCAAAGUUCAACAAGAUGACCAGCGGCUGCGUCGGCGCUGGUAGCAUCAGCGGUAGCAACGAUCAGCAGCAAAUGAAGACUGAAACUUCACAGCAGCACGGCUCGACGCCUAAUGUUGGCAGCAAAGGCGGUUCGCAGAUCGGUCUAUCCGACAGGUCACUAAAUAAGAAUCUCGGGCUGGACCUCGACGACCCGCGCUGUCGCGAGAGGAUCGAGAAGUACAAGGAGGAGAGGCGGACUUUUUUGAGGGAUAAGUACAGAUCUGAGAGCUUUCGGGCUACCGCGAGCGCAGCCACCGCGAGCGACGCCCCGAGUAACAAAGAGGAUGGAGAGCAAGCCUUGCUGGCGAGACUGAAACAGCGAGCUUCCAGACCCUCUGUACUCUGACCCCCGAAACCCAAUACACCAAGCGAUCAGUUUAAUGUUAAUUAUUGUACCGAGCCACGGAUACUAAUAUAGAUCAAGCCUAAUUGUUACAAAAAGUCGUGCAAUCAACUUCUAUGAACUAUAAACUAGAGAAAUUUUUAAAGAAUUACUAUUCUGCACGAUACGUUAAUACGUUGACACGUUAAUAUCGUCCUUUUUUAUAUUAAAAGUGCAGUUUAUUGUUUGUAUAUGUUAUAAUUAUUGUUGUACCUUUUUUUAUAUAAAAAAGUCGCUUGCUUAUAUACUUGAAAAGUAAAUUUGUUAAGAGUUUUGAGAACUGAUACAUUCUUGAAGCUGCACUGCUACUUGUAUUUUUUUAUUUUGAUUUUUCUAAGUUUAAUUAACGGAUGCCGGUAAUACUCAAGAUAAUGCGCUAGGAUGUCAAUCCUGAGAUUUAGCCUUGUAAUUUAUCAAUUACGCGCAUCGUUAUGUUAAACGUUGUCUACAAAGAAAAUUAAUUCUUCCAUUGUGGACUGGUCUGCUAUGGUCUAAAAAAGUAUCUUUUGUACAUGUUAGUUUUCCCUUAAGAUUUUAAAGCCUUACUGUUUUAAGUUAACUUAUACUUCUGCCACAGCACUGAUGAACAAUAUUAUGACGAAGGUGAUAUUGAUGAUGUUUUGAGACAUGUAUCGCCACUUUCUCUAUUAUAGGUGAUAAAAUUUUAGAUAGUAGCUUGCUACUUGACCACGAGUCCAUAGUCACUUUCUGUAGUUUCUUUUAGCACAAAGAAUUCAACGACCUGUUACGGCUGUUUGAAUUGUUAAGUGAUUUCCAUUAGUCUCUCGACACUAGGUCUGGCAGCAAAUACGAUGACAAUAGUAUAUCGUAAAGUAUUUAUGUGCAUAAUGUCGUUAAGAUCAUUCUUGUAUCUUUGAGGGUACUUCAUUCAAAUUUUACGAUUACGCAUUAGAGAAUAGUCGAGAGUGCAGCGGUUGCGAGGUAUUUAUUUGAUCUGCUUGUAAAGUUGACACGUUCAACUUCCAUUGUAUUGAUGUAACGCAUUUGACGAGAUAAAGUAAUAACACUUGUGAUUUGUGUUAUACAACUGCUUUAACGAGUAUUACGUGUACGUCACUUACGCAGCUGCACUCUGCUUUUUCUCAACUUUCAAGAAUGAAAAUAUAUCCGACAGAUCUGCUACAAUAUACUAAAAGGAAUCUUUUUAAUGUACGAAGAAAAUAAAUCAUGCCAUAUGUUCUAUUAAAAAGAAAAACACGAAUUUCUCACUAAUUUAUAAUUUUUUUACAUUCUUUUUUUUCUUUUCUUCUGAUGUAUUAUGCGAUUUUGUUCACAAUAUAUAUAUUUUUUUUAGUAAAAUAAAUAGAAAAGUAUAAGAGAAUACUAUAUUAAA